AUGAGUGAUGCGUCAACUCUCCCACCCGAGUUUUACAACGUCUUUGGAAUCGAUUCGGCUUCGUUUCAAUCAGCCUUCCAAGAUUCUGGUAACGAAAUGUUUAGCUUAAGACCUGGUUGGUCAUUAGGCUUUACUCAUGCAGUGUUGACAACCGGUGAUAAACCUAAAACAGUGGCUUCAGUUAGAGGGCAUCCCCUAGAGGCAAGUGCUGCCGGUGAGUUGUGGAAAAAGUGAACUAAAGGGACACCUGUCACUGAAGAGUACUGCUGUGUACAUAACUGCACCAACCCUAAUUGUAAACCAACGAGUCCUCAAAAGGCAAGAGCAACAGUUUAAUUAUGCGUCUCGUAUAAACCCUUUUCCACCCUCGCAAAGGCAACGAAAUCCCACUACGACUGCCAAACCUCUGAGCAACGAAUGACGAACAGUGUAACAAAAUGCAUGACAAUUCACUCAUGCAUAGGAAUCUUUGUUAGAGUCAUUCCCCUGGGAGGAAAUCAUGAGUCUCAAAAAAAAGAAAAAGACCCGAUUGUUGCAAAAUAGAAACUAAUUUAUUAGAGGUAUUGAGACGAAAGGUCACAAAAAUUGACCACUAAGCAUAUCAAAGAGUAAACUUGAAAAAUUGUCCUAGCCCUUUGGUUCAUAGUUACUCACUAAGUUCUCUGCAUCGUUAAGUUUGCGUUAAGUAACAAAUAUCUCCCGCUGCACAAGUACCUCUGAGGAUGACCGACACACAAUUUCAUUAUUCAUGCGAACGUACUGCUGUUCUUGAUUCAAAUUUCCUUUUUUGUCCUUGCUAUUUUAGGUAGAAUAACAUCUUAUAAAAUCUUAGGAGAUUUGCACGUGCGCCAAAUUAGUCUAGCCUUUCCAGCUUUGCAGAUAUCACUUCGUUGUCUUUGCAAGGUAAGAAGUACAUGA